CGACUGCAAUCUGGCUGGACCUGCAGAUCACCUCCCUCCUCGCCCGUUCCAUUGGCCCUCCCUCGUAACCCGAUACUUUGACGCCUUUGACACUCGCGGGGUGCACGGAAAAGCUCGCCCACAUUCCUCUGCCCCUCCCCUUCUCCGCAUUGCGCACGACAUGAGGUUUGUGCGGUGCAGCGUUGUUUCUGGGAAUGGGGAGUUCAAGAGCUGCUGCAUGAUUGAUGGUCCAGCCUCGGGUUUGGGAGGAAAUUUAAAAUUGUAGAGGGCAAGGACCAGGACCAGGACAAGGACAAGGACAAGGAGGGCAAUGUCGAGCUCUGCAACCCAAUCGAGACGCAGUUCCAAGUCCACACAGUCAGGCCGCGAUCGGGAUUCGCAACCUGCUCGGAAUGACAGGAGGCAGAAGGCACAGAGUGUGCAAGUCGAGACGGGACGAAGGAGACCUAGCCAACAGAUUGAGAAGCAGCUGCGGAUUGCGGACGAGCGGCCGUCGGUCAAGAGUCGGAUCAAUUCUGCUCCGUUGGUAUCGAGAAGAGUAGACGAUGCCUCUCGACAGGAGGAUGGCCAUGAUGAUGCACAACCGCGGGCUCAAGCUGCGUCCGCUCGGGCGUCAAAGGCCAUCCCCGAUUUAGGUGCACAAGACGAGGACGAGGUCGCGGGAGUUGUGGGGGCAAUACGACACUUCCAGCCUUUCCAACCACCAGAGCUUUCACAACCCUUGCCCGACAUCAACAUUGCCAUUAUUGGUUCGCGAGGCGUGGGAAAAUCGACAUUCAUGCAAAAGGCCUUGGACCUACCGUUCCUUUCCGACUCUCAAGCCGUCGAGCGAAAGAUCGGGAUCGACGGCACGGAUUAUCUCUUACGACUUCUCGAAGUACCCAUUGAUGAUGUUGACAUUGACGACGACGACGAAACGGUAAUUUGGCCGGAGACGAUUGAGGACAAGCUCAUGCCGCAGAUUGACGGCGCUGUGACGCUGUACAACGUUCAAGACCGGGGUACGCUGGAGGACGUACCGAAAAUGCUGAAUGCAAUCGACAAGGCUGGCCUUCCAUCGCUUCUCGUUUCCAGCAAGUGCGACACUUUACCCCAAGAUCGUGCCGUAGAUCCUCGAGUGAUUGAGCAAGCUGCAAAACGACAGAUCAAGAACCUCGAUGCUUUGCAGGUGUCCUCUGCCGUUCCGGAUAGUCACAAGCAGGGCAUGGCGCUCAUCUUGCAGGCCAUUGUAGCCAGCGUGCCAAGCGACCAGCUGCAAGCUCCGUCAGCACUCCGUCGACGAGCCCAGUCAAAUGCGGUGCGACCCGUCUCGCCACGGCCCCCCAGCGAGCGCGGUCAUCUUCGCGCCGCCUCGGAACAGACUGGCCGCCCAUACAAAGAUCAAAGCCCCUCCCGUCACGACUCGAGUCUUACGGCGUACAGCUCUGAAGAUUGGUCCCAUGCCACGUCCGAAACGGCCGACCAUGACAUGCAAAGCUCCUUCCUGUUCGAAGAGUCCAUGAGCGAAACUUCCGAGGGCUCAUUCGAUGUGCCUGACCAGAUGAUCCCGCAGAUCGGUACUGUCAGUCACACGCCUCCCUUCUAUACAGAGGACGGAACGACUUUCGAGGUUCUGGUUGAUCGUCUUUUGGCACAGCCAUCUUCCAAAGCAGACGGCAAAUUUUCUGCCAUCUUUCUUGCGCUUUACAGGAAGUUCGCAACUCCCGGAGAACUACUCGAAGCUAUCGCUCAAUAUUUUGACAAAUUAGAGAGGAGCAGUGAUGCCGGUGUUAUCAAAACGUCGAAUCAGCUUCGGGUCCUGGCCAUCUUGGAGCUCUGGAUCGGCACAUAUCCAGGUGACUUUGCCUAUCCCAAGACGAAGCAAAGGAUACGUACGUUUGUUGGCAAGCUGGCAGAGAAUCGCAUUUUCGCAUCGGCGGCGAAGAUGAUGACUGUCGAUCUGGGUGCAGUUCGUGAAAACGACGACACGAAUUGGGCAUAUUGUGACAAGGACCGACAAAGCAGCGGCGCUCGUAACCGACUCUCGCUAUCUGCUUCUGCCAAACGCUUGCUCGACGACCCAGAUCACCAUGCCGUCAACGGUUCAUCGUUGGCGAGUGAAGACACGGCUGCAUCAGAUGGCGCAACAUCCUCACACACCUUGGCCAGGGUAGAGAGUGCACAGCAGCAAGCUGCAUUGCUGACUCCAACCCCACGCCACCCCGUCACCAAGAUGCAAUGGCGCCUCCUCAUGGAGCUAUCCGACGACAGCAUCGCCCGAGAACUGACCCGUAUAGACUGGGUCAUGUUCUGCUCGACCCCACCUCGGGAUCUCGUCCGGCAAGUAUCUCUCAGCAAAGCGCAGAAGGCCGCAUGCAAGAACAUUGUGCACGUCAACCGCGCAAUCGACCACUUCAACCACCUCGCCUCCUGGGUCCAAAACUACAUCCUGCUGCGCGACAAGCCGAAACACCGCGCGCUCAUGCUCGAGAAGUUUAUGCGCAUCGCGCGCAAGCUCCGCGAACUCAACAACUACAACUCCCUCGGCGCGAUCAUCGCCGGCAUCAAAUCCGCCCCCGUGCACCGCCUCGCCGCCACGCGCGAGCUCAUCCCACGCCCCGUCGGCACAGACUGGCUGAAAUUGGAGAUCCUCAUGUCCCCGUCGAAAUCGCACUCCGCCUAUCGCUUGGCGUGGGAGAACAGCUCUACUGAACGCAUCCCGUACCUCCCGCUCCUUCAACGGGAUCUUGUCGCUGCGGCAGCGGGGAACGAAACGUUCAUCGGGGAUGAGAAGGAGGGCCGGAUCAACUGGAAGAAGUUUGAGAUUAUGGGCGAAGUGGUGGUGGAUAUUCAGAAGGCGCAGGGGUUGCCGUACAAGGGCUUGCUGGGCGGGAAGGGCAAUGAGGUGAUUAAGGAGUUGGUGCUUGAUGUGAAGCUGAUGAGGGAUGAGGAGGUGAGUAUCUUCCCGGCGGUCUUGGGAGAGAGAGUACAUGGACUGACUUGGCUACGUGUGACAGGAGCUCUUUGCCCGCAGCAAGCAGCUUGAACCCACGGGCACCCCAGCGGUUGGAACGACGGCGAAGUUCAAGGAAUUGUUCAGACGGUGAGCAAGACGAGAAGACGGGCUGACGGUCGACGACUAUGAUGUGGACAUGCGUUUGCGCAAACGAGAUGAGCAACGAGUUCUCUUCUGGAUUGCACUUGUUUUGGAAAACGGAAACGAGCGAUGAGCAUUCCCCCAAAAGCAUGAUGUUUAUAAAUCAACAUUUACAGCCUCGCGGCGCAGGAUGGCGGGAUUCGGGAAGCUGGGAAUAGGAGCAUACGGCGCGGAUCAUGAUCUAGAAGUCUUGAGUGGGAAUGAAUGAUAGCGUAACCAUCGAGUUCAAGUCAAUUAACAUGCCGGGCUUAACUGUGUAUAUCUCCUCUCAGCAUCGUGGGUA